GGAAGGAGGAAAAUGCCCAGCGAGGAUUUUCACUUACUUCCUCGGACUAAGCUUUGUUGAUGGGCGGUUGGCUCCACCUUCCUCCCUGGAAGACUCCAGCAGACAGGCGGGUGAGCCAGUUCACCUCUUCACCGCCGGUUAGGAGAGCAGACGUCCAGGCCGCUCAGAGUCCUCCACUCAGAGCAUCGCUGGAUACGGCGCUGCACGUCUGCGGGCAUUUGGCGGCCUUUUGUUUCACAAGUUGAAGGAACCCAACUGAAGGGCUUAGAGAGAGGAGCGCACUUGAAGGUGAUAUUCGGACUGGAUUUACCAAUGGAUCAGACAUGAUUUGGUUUGUUUCUUCAGGGAUUCUCAUGGCUUUGUAGUCACUCGCAAAUCCCCUUUUUUUCAAUUCCAAGCAACAACAGACAACUCUGGUGCCAACAUGCAGAAGCAGGUGGAGGUGAGGAUGCAUGAGAGCCAGCUGGAGCCGGUGGAGAAGACCGAGGAGUCGGCGUGCGGCGGCUGCUGCGACAAGAUCAUGAACAACAUGGUGCUGACGCUGACCAUCCUGGGUGUGUUUCUGGGCUCCAUCUCCGGCAUGCUGCUGCGUCACAUCGCUCCGCUCCCCCCUGACGUGGUCAUGAUCAUCUCGUUCCCUGGAGAGAUCCUGAUGAGGAUGCUGAAGAUGCUGAUCCUGCCGCUGGUGGUGUCCAGUCUGGUCACAGGUGGGAGAGGGUCUAACGAAGGGCCCCCACAGGGCAACGGCUGGUUUAUCUAUCACACAGAGAUGGUGACGGUAGAACAGCAGUUAUCAUGA